UGAAGAUGAGUUAUGGCGAUUGAAAAAUAUAAACAAAACUGGGCCAGUUUGUCAUAGGGCAACAGGAAACAAAAUUCACAGUGAAGGACUUCCUACAACUUUAUCACACUGAUGAAAAGAAAAUGAAAGCUAUUCUUGGUGUUCCUGAAACAAAGUGGGAUGAAAUUGUAAAAAAUGCCGAGGCAUGCAUAUUAACCAAAGAGCAGUAUCGGUACUAUGAUGAUGCAUCAGGGGAUGAUCUUAUAUUAGAUUGUGCCUUCAACAUUAAAAGGGUUACAUUCAAGGGUGGAACAACCCGGCUUUAUGAAUCUCUUGAUUUUACCCAGAAGGAAAAAGCUGGUAAAUUAAGGCAAUCUGCGUAUGAAAAACGACAUAAGCUUGAACUAAUUGUACCAACUCAAGAAGAACUCACAUAUCCAUCUAGUGCUCAACAACAGGAACAACAAAAAGAGCAAGAGCAACAAUUAGCUGCAGCACCCCCACCAUACAGUAAACCCAGUGUAGGCUGUCUCAUACAAAACAUGGAUGCAAGUAAUUUGUCUGACCAGAUAUGCAGUAAUUUACCUCUGCAGUAUCCUGGUACUGCAGCAACAUAUCAAGAUGAAGUCUUGCCUGUGCAAGCACCAAAUCAUGGGGUCGACUCACUGGUGUAUUGUCCUGAAAAUGAUUCAGCUUUCUAUCCGCUUUGUCAAGGUAUGACAAAAGACGAAUCUUGGCUAUACACGGAUAUCGCUACUGAAGCAGCUGGUGUUUUUGGGGAUAACAACCCAAGUCUUGCCUUUAAUAUGCCUCAACUGAUAUCAGGUCAUAGGCUAGACUCACCGAUGUCUUUGCCACCUGAAAAUAUUCUUGCUUCCUAUUCGUGUCCUAAUAUGCCGUUUUAUCUAGAUGAUACAGGAAUGCAACAAGUGAAUUGCUGUGCUUCAAGCACAUUGUCAUCUAAUUUCAAUUACAAAGGCCCUGCAGUCCUUUGGGCUGAGAAAGAGGCUUCUCUUGCAGACACACGGGUUUCAAGUAAUCCAGACGAGUUCAGGACCAAAACUCCAAGCAGGCAUAGGGUAUACUGGAGGAAAAUUGGAGUUAAGUUAAAUUUUUUAGUAAGGAUAAGAAGAAUAGAUAGUUGCAGACCCCAGAAGAAGCAAAAGACAGGACCCCUACUCAAACCAUAGGCGUUGUAGUUGCAAGACAUAAUGGCUUUUUCACUGUAUGCAGGACAAAAGUUUAGAUGAUUCAUUGAUUCGAUACAAGCCAAUAAGUGUUUGUUUGUUUUGUAAGAAUAUUGAAGGAUUUCACCUACUGAGUCAUAUAGUUGUAUUUACCUGAGCUGGUGUUUCAUCUGUACCAAUUUUAAUGAUACAUUCCAUGAAGAAACAAUCAUAAAACUCGUAAUGAAAACCAGGUAACCUCAAUUAAGCCAUUACUUAA